GCUUGGUGGAUGGUAUGUAGUGAGUGUGUUCAAUAAUUAUGAUUGUUGACAAUGCAUUUUGAGUAAAUGCUGAAUAUUUGUGUAAAUACAAUUGUAAAUAAUAACUUAAGGCAAUAGAUUUAUAUACUAAUCAAUGUUAGGUUGAUUAAAACAUACACGCUUCAUCUGAAUAACUUUAUUUCUACAUUCUACAUUACUACUUAAGUUUAAUGAUGUAACCUCAAAGUAUCAAUAGUUCAACGAAGUUUAAUUGUAACAAUACGUUUUUCACCAAGUGAAAAGCGUACUUUAUACACAAAUUAUUUAAGAAUACUAUGGAUGAAGAAAGUGGAAAAAGAAUGAGAGGUAGAACACGUGGAAGAGCUCGAGGUAGAGCUCGUGGACGAGUCAGAGGUCGUACAAAGAAGGCUGUGAAGAUUAUCGAAAGUGAUGAGGAAGAUACUCCCCAACCUCCAGAAGAAAUUUCAAAAGAGCCAACAGAGACAAGUACUGAGCAACCCGUAACUGAGGAACUUCAGCAACAACAACCGACUACAGAACAUCAAUUCGAUUUAGAGGCUGAUAUAUCACAAUUAGAAGCUCCCACAUUUACUACUAUAAAUCGUGGGCCACCAGAACCUAUGCUACGACUAAGGUGGGAUCAUCGGGUCAAUCUUAUAGGAGAAAAAGUUCUCAACCCAAUGAUUCACUGUUGUGAUAAAUGUCUUAAACCUAUUCUUAUUUACGGUCGAAUGAUACCAUGUAAACAUGUAUUUUGUUUAUCUUGUGGAAAACGAGAAGACAAAGUCUGUCCUCGAUGUAUGGAAAAAGUAUCAAGGGUUGAACAAACUGGUCUUGGUACUGUUUUUAUGUGUACCCAUGGUGGUACUAGGUAUGGCAAUGCAGGAUGUCGAAGAACAUAUCUAAGCCAACGAGAUUUACAAGCACACAUUAAUCAUCGACAUAUCUCUGGCCCCCCUCAACCGGUGCAAGGAAUGCAAGUAGAUCCUCCUCAAUAUAUCCACGCUAAGACAGAAAUUGAUCCUCAAAUUAGUAAAACCUCUUCCACAUCAAUGUCAGGUGUUCGUAUGAAGCAAAUGUCUUCUCACUUAGUACAACCCAUCAUAGGAAAUGAUCCUCGAGUCAACUCGAUGGUGAACCAGUCACCUGUGGAACACCGUCAGCAGCAUAGAUCUCAACAACUAAUAUCUAUACAAAAUUAUUCUCAAAGCGCAGCUCCUCCUCCUCCAACUAACCCUCAGAUGAGGACAAACCUUAUCACCGUACCUAUUCAAGAUACCACAAUGGCUUCUCAUGAAAUACAUCCUCAGCAAAGUCACCAUUAUUAUCCUCCACCUCCAACACAAGUCAAUUAUGGAGGUUAUAAUGUUCCACCCCCAGUAUCUCAAACUCAAAAUUAUUAUGCCACUCCUCAGCAUUCUACUCAAGUGUCCUAUCCCGCAACAGCACCUCAACAACAACAAUACGUAGCCUCAGGUCCACCGUCCAUACGUCCAUCACCGAAUGGCUACAUUCAGGACACGCAAUAUCCUCAACAACAAGUUCCUGCACCGCAGUCACAAUGGUCACACCAACAGUUUUAUAGAUGAAUUCUUCCAAUCAAUACAAUUAUUAUUAUUUGAUAAUUAAGUUGUAAACAAAAUUAGAAAAUAUAUAUUCAUUUUUAUAUAAAUUAUUUGUGAUAACAGGUAAUAAAAUCACACAAACAUUAA